UGUUGAGCAAAGGUAUUUUGGAAAGUGUUCUUCGGCACACCCUCCCUUUAUUAGUUUCUCUUUCCUCAGAAAAUCCAUCCUUGGCCAUGCUGUCCUCGGAAGCCACUCCACUUCCUUUCCAAAGUCCCAGAGUUUAUUAUUGCGUCCCAAAUCUGUGCCUAUUCUUCCCACAACUCCAUAUUUGAACCUCAUCUUGGGAGUUCUAUGCUGGCUGUCCUUCCAGAAACUUUUAUUACUCCUCCCUGACACCAUUCCCAUUUGCUGCUGUAUGAAACCGAACCUAUUUGAGGCUCAUCCUUUGAAUUACGGAUCCAAUGUCCACCCGAAGUUUGAGAACUUGAGUUAGUACAGAAGUGCCACAUUCGAGGAAGUGUUGUUUCAAGGAUGAGACUUUGCUCAAGUACCCUUCUGCUCUCUCAGAUGGCUAUAUAUUGAGGUAUAGUGAACACGAUCUCGAAGCUCACAAAAUCAUGUAUUUUGAGACUUACUUCUGACAAACUUUUCUUUAUCCUGUCUGACAAAGUUGCUAGUGGAGGUGUUGCUAUGUGGUGUCAGCUAUUUCAGGGUAAUUUUUUUGAUGAGUUCCAGAUUGAAGGUGUAUCAGCAGAGUAUAAUGAAAUUUAUCUGGAACUAACCCCUGAAAAUCUCUCGAGGUCCUUGAAAACCUCCCAGAAUGCUAAAACUGUGAAAAUAAAACUCACCAUGAAGCAUUGUCCAUGUAUUACCAUUGCUGUGGAACUGCCAUCGCUCUCUAGCCACAGUCGGAUUGUUACACAUGACAUUCCUGUUAGCAUUAUCCCCAGAAAGCUUUGGAAUGAUUUUGAAGAACCCAGGGUUCCAGAUUUUGAUGUCAGUAUUUAUCUCCCAGUACUGAAGACCAUGAAGAGUGUUGUGGAAAGAAUGAAGAAUCUUUCUAACCAUAUUGUAAUUGAAGCCAAUCAGAAUGGAGAAAUGAAUUUGAAAAUUGACACUGAUUUGGUGUCUGUCACAACACAUUUUAAAGAACUUGGGAAUCCUCCUUGGGUUGAAGAAGGAACCCAACCUGAUUUUUUCCAAAGAAGAGAUUCAACAAAUAUGGCUAAAGCAAGGAUUGAUAUAAAGAGGCUUCUACAGUUUCUUGCCGGGCAACAGGUCAAUCCGAGCAAGGCUAUAUGUAAUAUAGUGAAUAAAAAAGUUAUUCAUUUUGUUUUGCUGCACGAGGAUGUCUCUCUUCAGUACUUCAUACCAGCUCUUGUAUGAGAGGACUCCUAUUGACAUUUAAUUAUAUUGUGGACUCAUGGAAUUAUCAUCCUUGCUUGAAAAAAGUGAGCAGCCUUGCAAAGAAGAUGAACCCUCUAAUUGAGAAUUAGUGCAAAUGUCUCUUUGGCAAGUCAGAAAGAUGUCUCAUUGGCUACAGAUGUUCAAAAGCUACUUAAAUAAAUGGAGCUUCAACUUAA